AUGUCAAACACAACAAUAGACUUUACUUUUAUUAUUGCUCGUACAUCUGAAAUUCUUUUAAUUAUGGAUUCAUAUAUGAUUAUUAUACUCUAUAUUAUCGGUAGUAUAGGAGCUAUUCUAAAUAUAUUUACAUUUCGACAAAAACAAAUUCGAACAAAUCCAUGUGCCACUUAUUUCUUAUCAAGUUCAAUUAUUGAUUUGAAUAUAAUGCAUGCAUUUGUUUUAAUGCAAAUCAUAACAAGAUACAAUCCAUAA